AUGUCUACCGAACUUCUUUCGCCGCUGCACCCGAGUGUCGGCGCUGACAGCCAUGCUCAUCCAUCGCCAGUUACGACGACCGUGGCGAGCCCGCAUAUAGUAGCCCUCUUGGCUCAAGUGACUUUUGACGUGGAGAUGCACGGUUUCGCUGCCAAUUCAAACGCACCACCUUACAAGAUGUACCAACCAAGGCUACGGAAGUCACAAGUCAUGCAGCAAGGAACAGCUGUCAGUCAUCUCGAUACGAUAUCUUGCUGGAAGGUCAUGUCUUACAUGCAAGCUCGAGAGCUUACGCUCUGGGAGUCCUUGUUCCACCAGUGCUUAGUCUCGCGGAUCGAAGAACGCUUACGACGCACUGCCAUCAUUCAAUUGAGCAAACGCAAAGGUGAUCGUGUACUCCUGGAGAUGCUCCAUCUAUUCUACACUGGCACUGAAAAUGGAAAUGAGCUUGGCUCCAUUGCAUUGGCAGAUUGUGUCGACCAAGUUUCCCUUCUUCCCUGUCUUAUCCAGUCUUUUCCCGAGAAUUAUGCAUGCUUCAUUAAUAUCAAUGUUUUCUGUCUUCUUCAUGACAUGAUUGAUGCCUUCUACGAAGAGCGUACAAGCCAACCUGCUCUGCGAAACCUCCACUGGUCGCUUGGUUCUGGCGAUCUUUAUACCUUUGUCUACAACUAUAUCUCCAUACAAGACUGCUUUCAGAACACCCCAGCUGGACCAUGCCUGUUCGUCAAGUAUUCAAUUGAUUGGCUUUCCUUUCCGUUGAUCAUUGUCACUACCGAUAUAGCCUGGCACCCCCCUGCCUUCGAUUUCAAGCUUGCUCCUGCUCAGAUAGAGCCAGAAGCUCAAUAUAUUAUUGCCCCUUCCUGUCGCCCGAUGCUUCAAGAGCCUGGAACAUCGGGAUGCAAAAGCUUUCCCGGUUAUGUCAAAUAUAUUGUGACAAAGUCUUCCUCCGUAGCUAAAUGGGACCAUAAGGCCAAGCUCUUCCGCAUGCAGGCCCCAGACAGGUUGGAAGGCAACACUGCAGCCGUGUUGAAGACAAUAAUACAAGCUAAAAUCAUCACACCCUUUCCGGAAAACGUGCGUUUCGAACGUACAUCGCGGUACGCCAUCAAAGUUGCACUAGCACACGCCCGAGAAGUUGAUUCGGUGACGGAAACCCACGGAGCACCGACAACACUGAGAUGGGUUAUACCACCACACAAAAGCACCAACUCUCUUCAGUCGCAUGGUUUUCGGCAUGUCCCUACUUCUCCUCCAGAUUCUCUGGUCGAGCUGGUGGACCGCGGCCCCAAUCCCGAUAGCGAGUACUGCUAUUGGAAGGGCUAUGCCGAAUCCGCGGCCUCAGGUGUCUCGAUGUACAACGUACACGAUUUAGAGUUGAAACCCGACCAAAAAGCACCAAGAAAGCGCACAAAUUCAUCGUGUGAAGACAACGCCACCUGUUCUGACGAAGACCGCAUGUAUAGUGCCUCAGAUAUCCAGCUUAAGCGCCGAAAGUUAGAGAAGACCGAUAUGGCUAACAAUCAGGUCGAAUCAUCACCUACAAACCUAUCAUAUCUUAUGCUUCAACCAGCGCAGGACGACACACCUGAUGACGAAUUUUGCACACGCGAGACGCGCCAUUCCGGUAUCUCAACGAACACGGCCGCUCUAUCAAUCAAGACCGAUUCUCCAUCUUCUCAACUGCAAAAUGAGUCUGAGAAAGUGAUCUACAAGAACCCAGAUCGGGUAAGGAAUGAACCGUAUCCGACGCCGCCGUCUACACCUUCGACGCUUGGCUCUAGCUCUGACUAUGGAAACUACCUUUUUGGAGUUGGCCACCCUGGUACUCACACAUCGCCGAUAGCCCAAGCCAGGAAUGGAUUCCAGUCUCCAUGGGAACUGUCACAGCAUACUAUCCAGCACAACUAUCAUGAAUUCAAGGCGAUGGCUCUGCGUCAGUCGACGAAGCAAGCUGACUGGGGUGAUGCGAGCUUUGAGAAGAUAUUUCUGGAAGAGAGCGAUGCCGAACAGUGGCACUCAUCUGAUGUUGAUGACCUGGAUGAGGAGAUGGAUGGCUAG